AUGGCUUUGCAAGCCAUCAAGGAAGUGAGAUUUUCAGGCUCGCUAUGUCGUCUCAGCCCGCCCAAUUCGCCAUCCAAGCGAUCAGCCCCAUCUUCCAGGGGAGGUUCGAAGCUCUUGGCCGCUUUGGACGCUAUGGCCGCCCCGGAGCGGAGUGCUGGGACAUUAGCACAUACGGGCGCACACAAAAAAUUAUUGGAUGCUCCAGCACCAGCACACCCAUACUUCUCUGGGAAGGGAAGACACGGGCUGAAGCCGGCCUCAGAUUUUCCAAGUAGGCCCAAACGUCCCUCCAAGCCGAAUAAGGGACCUGUAGUUUCCACCAUUUCAGGCGCCAUCUCAGAACUUCUCGUAGAACACAACUCCAAAGUUCACGCCAAGUCUAAAGAUGCGAUGCUACCUCUCUAUUCGUACAAGACCUAUAUCCCGGAGCCUGUCGUUGUUUACACUAGACACGAAGAGGAAGCCGACGAGCUUGUGCAGGUAUUAAAGAGUCCGCUUGGAUUUGACAUGGAGUGGCGUGUUAUGUGGGGCCAGAAUAAACACACGAUGCAACGACGUACUGCGCUCGUGCAGCUGUCUGAUGAGCGUAUGAUAUUGCUCAUCCAAGUGAGUGCAAUGCAACGUAAGUCGGUCGCGCUACCGUUCGAGCAUGUCUGGAUUUUCCUCUACAGGGUUCCCGCGAAAACUCAAGACGACGGGGAGAAACUCUUCCGAGACUAUGGUAUCCUUGCGGCCAAUCUCGUGGAGCUCGGUGCAUUUGCACAUUGCGCCGACCCGAUCUUCAAGUCGAUGUACAACCGGAACGUAGUCAGCCUCGCCCGAAUGGUGGAACACUAUACAGAGACCACCCUCGACAAGGGCGAGGUGCGCAUCUCGAAUUGGGAGAAUGCGCCGCUAUCGGAGGAGCAGAUCACCUGUACGCUUCCCACCCCGGUCCUGUGCUAUGUAAACGCUCACCACAAGGCGACGAUGGCAGAUUCGGCCAACGACGCGCAUUGUGCUUUUGUUGUGUACAGACGGCUGAGGGAAAUCGCGGACAAGCACGGACGCACCCUAACGCCUGAAACAUAUGCGUGUCGAAUUUCCGGUAUACGUCCUGCGAAACCUGCUUCGACGGCAGCAGCUCCAGGCUCUGGUUCCGCCGUUUCGAAAACGUCGUCCAUGGCCUCGGCGACGCCAACUGCCUUAUCCUCGCACCAAAACGGGCCUCAUGCGGGGCCGUCGUGGGGUCGUUCGGUGGCCUAUGCCACGGGUAUCGACAAUGUGCCUGCUCCGCCACGGCCUCAGCACUUGCGAGCGUACAACUUGUGGCACCAUUACGAGUUACCACUGCACGAGAUCUGUGAAUUACUCCGGAGCAAAGAGAACCCGCUGGCCAGGAGUACUGUCAUAUCAUACGUCGUGUGGGCGCUGCGGGCUGACCCAGCACUGCCGUUCUCUAUGGAGCGACUGAAAGCACUAGUGCAGGAAGAGACAGGUUCAUGGACACGUCAUAAGGACUGGAUGUUACGAGUCGGCUCGCACUCAUAG